AUGCAAAAUUAUGUGAAAAAACCUAAUAAUCUUAAUUUAAAAAGAGUAAAUUUAGCUAAAGUAUAUAGAAUAAGUGAAAAAUCAGUACCUGAUAUUCUUAAAUACUCUGAAUACUGGUUAGGUUUUGAUGAUACUUUCAAUUUAAUUCAAGUUAAAUAUCAAAGAAAGUCUGAUAAUCCUGAACUUGAAGAGGCAAUAUCUAUUUGGGUUAAGCAAGUAAUUAAAAAUGAAUUUACCCUAACUAGUCAUCUUCUUCAAGCCAAGGCUAAGAAAUUUACUAAUCAAUUUAAAAUUACUGAAUUUAAUGCUUAUUUCUUUUUACUGAUAUUGAGAAGAAGCUGGUAUUCUGGAAUACUUUUAUCUAUAGAAAUCUUGGAUAAUAAUUUUACCUCUAUAAAUGAAAAAACUAAAUUGGAAGUCUCUGUAUUUGAAGAAGCUGAAUUGGAAGUAGAGAUUAUAAAUCUUAAUAUUUACCAAUUGAUGAUCUCUUAG